AUGACACCUUGCUCUGAUGAAGUUGGUCAAUUGACGGACGAAAGCUCAGCACCUUUUCACCGGAAUCGAACGAGGUUGCCUCGGAAACAGCGUCAGCAAGGCCAAUCGACAGCUGGUGAAGAGGAAUCCGCCGACCCGAGCUUCGAAUCUCUUCACGCAACAAUAACUUGUAGCAAAUUGGAGCGGGCAAACCUCUGGUUUCCGACCAAUCAGCGCCAACUGGCCGAUACCCCCUACCGGUUCAGACAAUCUCUGACCAAUUGA